GAGCUGCCUGACACAACCUGAGCUUUCAGUUUUGUACCGCUCAGCGAUGGGUUCAAUCCUGGUGAAAUGUGCGAUGAUCGAUUUGACCAUUCAGUGGGUCCUCUGGGCUGCAGCGAGCAUUCUGCAAACCGAAAAGUUUUAUGACUUGGCUGGAUCAGGGACAUUCAUCCUCUUGACUCACCUGAGUUAUAGGUGGAACGGCACCAGAUACCGUCGACAGAAAAUACAGAAUACUUUGGUAACCGUGUGGGGCUUGAGGCUAGGCUUGUUUCUGUUCUUCAGAGUGUUGAAGGAAGGCCGUGAUAGACGAUUCAAUGAAGUUCGCACCAGCCCAAAGCAGUUCUUUGUUUACUGGACACUUCAAGGUGUUUGGAUCUUUGUAACGCUUUUUCCCACACUAAUUCUAAACACUCGAGGAAAGGACCAGCCCUUGUGUGUCCGGGAUUAUACCGGAUGGAUAAUCUGGGUUUUGGGCUUUGUUACAGAAGCAAUUGCAGACCAGCAGAAGUGGAAUUUCAAAAAUCAUCCUGAUAAUGUUGGCAAAUUCAUUCAGACUGGACUCUGGUCGUACAGUCGCCACCCAAACUACCUAGGAGAAAUACUUCAAUGGACUGGCCUGUUCAUCUCUGCUUCUUCGGUGAUGAAAGGAGUGGAAUAUGUCAGUGUGUUGUCUCCAAUAUUUCUGUGGUACUUGCUUACCCAUGUCAGUGGAAUUCCGAUACUAGAAAAGCAAGCAAUGUCAAGGUGGGGAAACGAUCCCACUUACCUUCAGUAUGUCAGGAAUACGCCAGCUCUGUGGCCAUUUAAAUUUUAAUGCUACUUUUUCUCUUCCCCACAUUCAGUAAGAUAUGACUUUCAGGUAGAACUGGAGGUCUUUUACAAUCUUCUGCUGUCAUUUAAAAUUAAAUUGCUCCAAGUAUUCCUGUCAUUUAGCUGGUGAUCUAAGUACCUCACACAAAACUUGUAUUACAGUUCAAUAUCAUUUUGUAACCUGGUGUGAGGAGCAACAUGAUAGUUAAUGCAGUUAUGGGCGGCGAGGUGUUGUAGCAAUGGGAACAUCUUCAUUUCCUUGAUUUCAAAUCUCUUUGGGGGAACGGAAUUAAAAGACUGAGUAAUUUUAAGUUAGUCAUUUGCAAUGUCGGCUACGCAAACAAAGAAAUACGCAAAUGUCAUGAGAAAUCUGAUUUGUGAGCCACUAGCUUGUAAUUAUAACAGAUCCUUUUGCAUCCCUGGAGUGAUGAUAGCAGAGGUGAGGAAGAGAAACAAUGGAAUAAAGACCGCACGGAACACUAAUUUAAUGAUUGAUCUACAAUGAAGAAUUGGUACAAGCUAGCUGCAUGAACCAUGCUGUAUUUCAGCUACUCUUGGGGUAUUGUUCUGUUUUGUAAAUGAGAAACUUUUGUGAAUAGCCUCUUGCAAAUAAUGACGUAGUCCCAUUCAGUGACUUGUACUCAAUGUAAAAUGUCAGCAAAUGUUUCCAUUUGUGUAGCGAGGCAGGAGGUUUCAAAACUAGAGAAUGAUAAAUGUAAGAUAGACUCUAAUACUGAGAAUUCAGAAAAACACUUCUUUACACAGAAUGGUUUGAGUGUCGGCCGUGGCUCACUGAAUAGUGCAUUCAUCUCCAGGUCAGAAAGUUGUGGGUUUCAGGCCCACGCCAGAGACUCCAGCACAAAAUUCAAGGCUGAAACUCCAAACUGUCCAAGGUGCCAUCUUUCAGGUUCAACUGAGGCCCUUGGUGCCCUCUCAGAUGGAUGUUCAUUUUCUGUACCCAUUAAAAUGAUUUUAUUUUAUUCAUUUAUGGGAUGUGAGUAUCGCUGGCUCAGCCAGCAUUUCUUAUCCAUCCCUAGUUGCCCUCUUGAGAAGGUGGUGGUGAGCUGAACUGCUAUAGUCCACCUGCUGUGGGUUGACUCAAAAUGCUAUUAGGGAGGGAAUUUAAGGAUGUUGACCCAGUGACAGUGCAGGAACAGAGGUAUAUUUCCAAGCUAGGUUGGUGAGUGAUUUGGAGGGGAAUUUGCAGGAGUUGGUGUUCCCAUAAAUCUGCUUCCCUUAUCCUUCUAGAUGGAAGUGGUCAUGGAUUUGGAAGGUGCUGUCUGAGGAUCUUUGGUGAAUUUCUGCAGUGCAUCUUGUAAACGGUACAAAAGCAAAGUUGCUGGAAAAGCUCAGCAGGUCUGGCUGCAUCUGUGGAGGUGAAAACAGACUUAACGUUUCGGGUCUAGUGACCCUUCCUCAGAACUGAUGGUGUCUGGGAAAACGUCAGUUUAUAUGCAGGAUGGUACACACUGCUGCUACUGAGCAUCGGUGGGGGAGGGAGUGGAUGCUUGUGGAUUUGGUACUAAUCAAGUGGUCUGCUUUGUCCUGGCUGGUGUCAAGCUUCUUGAGUGUUUUUGGCGCUGCACUCAUUCAGGCAAAUGGGGAGUAUUUCAUCACACUCCUGAUUUGUACCUUGUAGACAGCGGACAGACUUUGGGGAGUCAGGAGGUGAGUUACUCACUGCAGUAUUCCUAGCCCCUUGACCUACUGUUAUAGCCACUGUAUUUAUGUGGUAGUUCCAGUUGAGUUUCUGGUCAAUGAUAACCUCCGGGAUGUUGGUAGUGGGGGAUUCGGUGAUGGUAACAUUGUUGAAUGUCAAGGAGAGUUGGUUACAUUGCUUUUUAUUGGGGAUAGGUAUUGCCUGGCAUUUGAGUGGCACGAAUGUUACUUGCCAUUUGUCAACCAAAGCCUGAAUAUUGUCCAGAUCUUGUUGCAUUUGAACAUGGAUUGCUUCAGUAGCCGAGGAGUCGUGAAUGUUGCUGAAUGUUGUGCAAUCAAUCACUGGAGAACAUAGCCACUUCUGACCAUAUGAUGUAGGGGAGGUCAUUGAUGAAGCAGCUGAAGAUGGUUGGGCCUAGGACACUACUCUUGCAGAGAUGUCCUGGAGCUGAGAUGCUUGAUCUCCAACAACCACAACCAUCUUCCUACGUGUCAGGUAUGUCUCUAAACACCAGAGAGUUAGCUCUUGAUACCCAUUCAUUCUAGUUUUGCUUGGGCUCCUUGACGCCACACUCGGUCGAAUGCUGCCUUGAUGUCAAGGGCUGUCACUUUCAUCUCACCUCGCGAAUUCAGCUCUUUUACCCAUGUUUGAACCAAGGCUGUAAUGAGGUCAGGAGCUGAGUGACCCCGGUGGAAUCCAAACUGGGUGUCGCUGAGCAGAUGCUGCUUGAUAGCACUGUUACUGACACCUUCCAUCACUUUACUGAUGAUCAAGAGUAGAACGAUGGGGCGGGAAUUGCCCAGGUAUGUCCUAUACAUAAACAGCAGGGAUUUGUCCUGCUGUUUGUGUACAGGACACACCUGGGCAAUUUUCCACAUUGUCGGGUAGAUGCCAGUGUUGUAACUGUACUGGAACAGCUUGGCUAAGAGACAGGCAGGUUCUGGAUCACAAGUCUUCAGUACUAUUGCUGGAAUGUCAUCAGGACCCGUAGCCUUUGCAGUAUCCAGUGUCUACAACCAUUUCUUGGCAUCACAUGGAGUGAAUCAAAUGGGCUGAAGACUGGUAUCUGUAAUACUGGGGACGAGUGGAGCAAGCUGAGAUGGAUCAACUGGUUGGUACUCCUGGCUGAAGAUUGCUGCGAAUACUUCAGCCUUAUCUUUUGUACUGAUGUGCUGGGCCCUUAUAUCAUUGAGCAUGGAGAUAUUUAUGGAGCCUUCUCCUCCUGUGAGUUGUUUUAUUAUCGGGUGGUAGGACUGCAGAGCUUAGAUCUAAUCCGUUGGUUGUGGGAUCACUUAGCUCUGUUUAUCACUUGCUACUUGUGUUGUUUGGCAUGCAAGUAAUUCUGUUUGGUGGCUUCACCAGGUUGAUACCUCAGGUAUGCCUGGGUCUGCUCCUGGCAUGCCCUCCUGCACUCUCCAUUGAACUAGGAUUGAUCGUCUGGCUUGAUGGUAAUGGUUGACUGGGGGAUAUGCCAGGCCAUGAGGUUACAGAUUAUGCUGGAGUACAAAUUUGCUGUUGUUGAUGGUCCACAGCACCUCAUGGAUGUCCAGUCUUGAGUUGCUAGUUGAAAGUCUGUCCCAUUUAGCACAGUGAUAGUGCUACACAACACGAUGGAGGUUGUUCUCAAUGUGAAGGUGGGACUUCAUCUCCACAAGGACUACGCGGUGCUCACUCCAUGGAAUCUCUACAUUGUAGGAGCAGGCCAUUUGGCCUGUUGGAUACACAUCAGCCCUCCAAAGAGCAUCCCACCCAGACCCACUCUAAUCCUAUAACCUUGCAUUUCCCAUGCUAAUUCACCUACCCUUCACACUAUGGCAAUUUAGCAUGACCCGCCCACCUAACCUUUGGACUGUGAGAGGAAGCCCACACAGACACAGGAAGAAUGCGCAAACUCCACACAGACAGGCACCUGAGAGUGGAAUCAAACCAAGGUCCCUGGCUCUGUGAGGCAGUGGUGCUAACCACUGAGCUACCAUACUGCCUGCUCUUCCACUACUGUCAUGGAUAGAGACAUCUGCAGCUGGCAGAUUGGUAAGGAUGAGGUCAGUGCAUGUUUUUCCCUCACCAUCUGCCAUAGACCUGGUCCAGCAGCUAUGUUCUUUUGGACCCAAGCAGCUUGAUCUGUGGUACUGCUGCUGAGCCACUCUUGUUGACAGACAUUGAAGUCCACAUCCUCCCCCCCCCCCACCCAGAGUACAUUUUGUGCCCUUGUCAUCCUCGGUGCUCCCUCUAAGUGUUGCUCAACAUCGAGGGGAAUGGACUCAUCAGCUAAGGGAGGACGAUGAAUGGUAAUCAGCAGAAGGUUUCCUUGCCCAUCUUUACCUGAAGCCACAAGACUUCAUGGUUCCAGAGUCAAUGUUGAGGACUCUCAGAGCAACUCCCUCCUGACUAUAUACCACUGUGGUGUCACCUCCGCUGGGUCUGUGCUGCCGGUGGGACAUGACAUAUCCACGAAUGGUGAUGGUAGUGACUGGGAUAUUGUCCGUAAGGUAUGAUUCCAUUGGUAUGACUGUGUCAGGCUAUUGCAUAACUAGUCUGUGAGACAGCUCUCCCAGUUUUGGCACUAGCCAGAUGAUAGUGAGGAGGACUUUGGAGGGUCAACAGGGCUGUUUCUGCUGUUGUCUUUUCCAGUGCCUAGUUGAUGCUAGGUGAUCUGUCCAGUUUCAUUUCUUUGAGACUUGAUAGCGAUUGGUACAACUGAAUGGCUUGCUAAUCCAUUUCAGAGGGCAACUGAGAGUCAACCGCAUUGUUGUGGGUCUGGAGUCACACAUAGGCCAGACCAGAUGAGAAUGGCAGAGUUCCUUCCCUGAAGGAAAAUAGUGACUUGGAUAGACAAUCGACAAUGAUUUCAUGGUUCUUAGUAGAUUCUUAAUUCCAGAUACCUUUUGUAUUGAACUCAAAUUCCACUAUCUGCUGUGAUGGGAUUCAAACUAGGUUCCCCAGAACAUUGGCUGAGUUUCUGGAAUAAUAGCUCAGUGAUAAUACCACUAGGCCAUCGCUUCCCCCAAAAUUAUUAUUUCACAUCUUCACCCAGUUUCUUUUAGAAGCUGUUCUGGGUUCUGCUUCAUGGAUUUAGUUUAAGAUAGAACUUGUGUUCGUACCCACACUCCUCUUUUCUUCUAUAGUUACACAAGAUUUCUGCUUGACGUUAUUAAAAUGGAACAGCUUUCCAUUGCUGGGAGCUUCCUCACUUUGUGUCUGAAUCUGCUGUAGGCUAAUGUAGAGCAAUGAGUAGUUAGUAACUGCAUUAUCUUUGUUUUCUGAAGCUAUCAGGAUGGUGGAGGGCCCAGAGGUAGAUGGAUCAUGGUCUUAUUUACUCAGGUAAUUCUUUGUAAAAAGUACGUCUGACAUAAAUGGUAAUGUGCACCACAGUCAUAGAAUAAAAACAAUACUCAAUAUGCGCGUUGGAAUAUUGUCUGUCAGAAACUGGUGAAACCUUGUUUUUAAAAGUCAAUUCAAACCAAGGUUAUCUUAACCAGUGAAGGUUCUCUGAUAUGUUUCAAACUUACAUGAAAGAAAUCAACAGUUAAUUGGU